AUGGCUCCCCCACGACUUCUCUGCUUCGGUGACCAAACCACUGAUUCAUGCAGCCGUAUCAAAGACUUAUACGCGAAGGCGACUCAAUACAAUCGUCUACACGACUUCCUGACUGUCGUCGACCGUCUCGUCCGUUCACAGCGAUUGGGCAUAUCGACUACUGACAACCCCCUUUUUGAUGAUUACGAUUCGAUGGAUACCGUGGCUGAGGCCUAUGCUCAGCGAACGGAUUAUGGUGUCGUUAUGCCCACCGUGCUACUCUGCGUAGCUCAGCUUGGAGGUUUGAUCCUACACCUGGAGGAGGACCCAACUCUUCUGUGGGGACAAACUUCCAAGUUGCACAUCGUUGGUCUCUGCACUGGGUUGUUCCCGGCAGCUCUGGCGGCCACUGUCCCAUCACCGGCAGAGUUGCUUCCUUUGUCGUUACUCAUGGUUAUGUUAUCGCUGCGCCUGGCAAUCCAGGUGGACCGCCGAUCUCGCUACAUUGAGGCUUCGACCCAGAGCUGGGCAGUAUCGGUGAAGCGGGCCUCGGCCGGCGAGCUGGAAAGAGUGAUUGCAUCCUUUAAUGAGGAACAACUUCCAGAACAUAAGCGGGCGUAUAUAAGUGCCGAACUUGAUACAUCUGUGACGAUCAGCGGUCCUCCGUCCACGCUAUCCCUCCUUAUGCGCCACCCCUCAAUCAGCAACCUGCCAAAGUCGGAACUACCAAUCGCCGCCGCAUACCAUGCUCCUCAUCUCAAAAGACCUAGCUUGGAGGAUAUUUUAGGGCCUUUGAAGGUUCCAGACCUUCGAGUUCGGCGAAAUGUUACUGUGGUGUCCCCAAACUCUGGCAUGCCGUAUGCCACUGCCUCCUUGCGCGGACUGCUACAUUUCAUGAUGGCUGAUCUCCUCCAAAAUAAGGUCUCCUGGAACAGGAUGAUGAGAGGACUCCCUCCGGGCCUGAGGACACCCAAUGCUACGAUGGCUGUUACACCAAGCGACCGGCUCGGAUCAUUGGUGGACGAAGCCUUCCUCGGUGAGUACUUCGAUGCUGAUUAUAACACUGUUGCUAUUGUUGGUAUGUCAUGCCGGCUUCCAGGUGUCGGCUCGCCAGAUGAUCUGUGGAAGAUACUAGAGAAUGGUCAGAGUAUAUAUAAAGGGACACCUGCAAAGUAUCUUGAUGCCCACACCAGUGUAGACCGAUUCGGGAGUGUGACGAACAGCAGUCAAUCGGUACAAAGCCGCUUCAUUGACCAGCCCGGGCUAUUUGACGCUGGCCUGUUCAACGUCGCUCCCGAUGAUGUUAAAGACAUGCACCCAAUCAAGCGGCUUCUACUCCUCGCCAUGUACGAGGCACUUGAAAGUGCUGGGUAUACCCCCCAUAGUCGUGACUCCCAGCGCGUGGGUACUUUCAUUGGGCAGGCCACAGACCAGCCACGCUACCUUCGCGAUACUGUUGGCGCUGGGCGAUUGAAUCAAUACUUCAAGUGGGAUGGCCCUUCAUAUACCAUUGAAACAGCAUCUUCUCCAAGCACAGCCCCUAUGGAGAUGGCGUAUCAUGCUCUACGUCGUAGUGAGUGUGAUAUUGCGGUGGUCGUAGGCACUAAUCACUUGUCUGAUCCGACGUGCAACUCCACCGAGGAAGGGCACUUUCUUUCGGAAGGAGUGGGUGUGGUUAUACUUAAGCGGCUUCCAGACGCGCUCAAGGCUAAUGAUCGCGUUCGGGGUGUCAUCACCGCUGUGGUCUCUAAUAAUACAGGUAAUCCCUGCAACAAGCCUCCUCAGAAAAGGCUCUUAAAAGACGUCCUGCGACGCGCCCGUCUCGGUCCAGGGGACUUGGACUAUAUAGAAGGGGACGGGUGUGAUGAGGAGCAGAAUAUGGCGCAAGUCGAGUCGAUCGUGGAUCUCAUGUCACUCGCGCCUGAAGGGAAUGAGCCCCUGCGCGUCGGCUCUGUCAAGCCGACUGUUGGCCAUUUGGGAGCAGCCUCUGGCAUUCUUUCUGUGCUCAAAUCUGUCCUCAUGCUUGAGCGGGAGUUAAUCCCUCCUGAUGUUGGUAUUAGCUCAGCCUCGAAGCGACAAUUAGCCAAAGGCAAAGUUGAAGUUCCUCAGUCGGCAAUGGCAUUCCUGCAGUCUCGUCGGGGGCGUGAUACGCGCCGCAUUCUGGUCAACCACUCCAAUGCUAUGGGCGACAAAAUGGCAUUACUUAUUGAAAAUCAUCCAUGCGCUAUCCCUCAAAAGCGCUCUGACCAACGCGCUAACUAUAUGGUGGCGGUAUCCGGACAGACGGUGAAGUCCCUGAGAGGCAACCAAGAGCGACUUCUACAGUAUUUGCAGGCACAGCCUGAGGUGCAACUGGCCAACAUAGCAUAUACGACAACUGCCCGACGACUGCAUCAUGUAUACCGUCGCGCAUAUUCCGUGGGUCAUGUCCGGCAGCUCAAGGAGAUCCUGCAGAAGGAGCUUGCAGAUCCCCUGCCUGUGGAUCUCGUUGGCAUUCAACCAAGCCGGGUCUUUGUAUUCACUGGCCAAGAGGGACAAUAUCCGGGGAUGGGGCGACAGCUCUUCAGGACGUGUCCUACCUUCAAACAACGACUGCUUGAAUGUAACAACAUAUGCACACAGCUUGGAUACGGACCGUUUGUGGACAUCAUUGAACGGGAAGAUCUUGACCUAGGCGACGUGACACCCGUCCAGAGCCAGCUUGCUGUGAUCUCGCUGGAACUGGCACUGGCUCAUGCAUGGCGGGCCUGGGGCACUACGCCUGAUAUGGUUUUGGGACAUAGCUUGGGUGAAUACGCAGCACUGUGUGUAGCAGGUGUCCUCUCUCUCUAUGACACGUUGUAUCUGGUUGGAGCGAGAGCACAGCUUAUCCAGCGCGACUGCACCAGCGACGCACACGGCAUGCUCACCAUUAGAUCGGAUCCCGAAACGAUUCGAGACACACUGCUACAGUAUGAAGAGUUUGCGGGUUGCACAAUAUCCUGUCUCAAUGGUCCCUCUUCAACUGUCGUAAGCGGUGAGCAUGAUCAGCUCUGCCUGCUAAAGGACCACCUAGCGGGGAUAUCCACCCGGCUCCUUCCUGUGCCAUUUGGAUUCCACUCGCCGCAGAUGGAUUCCACACUGGAUGAGUACCGUCAGCUGUGCUCGUCUAUCCAGUUCAAUGCCCCACGAAUCCCAGUUAUUUCCACAUUAACAGGUUGCGCUGUUGAGCGUGCUGGAAUCUUCGAGCCAGAUUACCUCGCAAGGCAAACCCGAGAACCGGUCAAGUUCCAGGAUGCACUUCGAACCUGCGAAAUGAAGCUUACUGAGAAAGGCAAGGGCCUUUGGCUUGAAAUUGGCCCUGCCCCGGUCUGUACUGAAAUAGCUCAAUCUCAGCAAUCAGUCCCAGGGCAGCACAUGCUAUUCUCCCUCAGUCCUAAGCGGGAUGACUGGGAAGUCAUCUCACAGGCACUGACUCAACUAUAUACAAUUGGAUCAGACAUAAACUGGGGAGCUUUCCAUUCAGACUAUGUCGACAAUCUGCAGCUGCUUGAUCUACCCAAAUAUGCCUUUGAUUUGAAGGACUUUGGCAUCCCAUAUCAGAAGGAUAGUGUACGCAUGACAGGAGGCAGACCUAAUGGACCCAGUCGGGAAAUACCCUUCUCUACCAGCACCUUGCACAAGAUAGAGAAAGAAGUGCAUGGCGAUAAGAGAUCUGCGGUAACAUUUUUGUCGGAUCUCUCGCUACCAGCCUUACUUUCUGCUCUAAAAGGUUACAGCAUGUUCAAUCAGUGUGUCUUUCCAAGCUCUGUCUACACGGACAUGGCUUUGACGGCUGCCUCUUACACAUGCAAAGUAAUGGAAGCAGUCAGCGAAGUUCCUCCCAUGAGUGUGUCCAAUAUGGAAAUUAUCCAACCACUCGUCGUGCGACAGAAUCAGCCCAACCCUGUUCUUAAGCUCCGCGCCGAACGCAGCAAGGGAAGCAACUGCGUGGAGGUCGUGUGUUCCUCGCAGGCCCCAUCUAGCCCAGAGGAGCAACGGCUUGCCCGAUGUACUGUCUACUUCGACUCGAGCGAUUCUACGAAGCAAAAUUUGAGGGACAGAAGCCAGCACACCCAGGCCAAAUGUGAUACACUGCAACGAGCAGCCCGCACCGGCUCGGCUCAUCAUCUUCGCAACAGCAUGAUUUAUAGACUGUUCGCUCAACCCAUUGUGUACGGUCCCCGCUACCGAUGCAUCCGGGAAAUUACCAUGCACGAAGAAAUGAGAGAAGCAACGGCCAUAAUCAAGUUCCCCAGACCCGCGACCGGCGAAACCUUUACCGUCAGCCCGUACUGGAUGGACUCGUUCAUCCAACUAGGCAGCUUCGCUCUCAACGGACACGACAAGGCUCCAGAGAACACAUCAUACAUCUGCACGGGCUGGUGGAAGCUCUGGGCACCGGCUGACCUGUCACCUGAUCGAGAAUAUACCAGCUACGUGCACAUGCAAGAGACGGAGCCAGAAAGCGGAUUACACAUUGGCGAGGUGUAUCUCUUGUCUGAUGGACAGAUUGUGGGAGGAUGCACCGGACUUCGAUUCCAGCAGCUUCCGAGACCUGAAUUGUGUGAGCUUCUCACUACGGGUACCAGCCGUAGUGUUGCAAAGGCGCCUGCUCCCAGCACUGAACCUGAAACUCCAUCGUACACCAAGCCUCAGAUUAUCAAGGGUAAAGCGGUGCGGUUUCUUCGGCUGUUAUGAUGUUUUAGAAGGCGUCCGUAGGACAUUUAUGUUUGGC